AUGCAUAUACGUCGACUUCACUUUGCCCCUUUCCCAUCUCCCCCGCUUUCCUCCUGCUUCCGCCCUUCCCAUCCGCCCGUUCCUUCCGCCCUCUCCUUGCUAUCGCUCCUUCCGCGCCGGCUCAUCCCCCCCGCUCCUUCCGCCCCCUCUCCUUCCCCGCCAGCCAAUCUUCUCCAGAAUCCCAGCUUUGAGUCCCCAACCUUCCCCACGCAACCCCCGCAUUGGCGCGCGUGGGGACGAGUUGCCCACAUUUGCCCCGCUUCCGCUCCCCCGCCCGCCUCCCUCGCGGAGGCGGCGGAAGCCGCCGCAACCACCGCGCCCUUUCACGGCGCGUGCGCGCUCGAGAUUGCGGGUUGCGACGCGGGGAAUGCUGGCAAGGGGGGGAGCGGGAAACGCGGGUGCAGCUGGGGGGGAGUGUCGCAGCGCGUUCCUACUCGUCGCGGCACGCGCUACCGACUGACUUUCUUCUUUGCUGCCCGGGCCGCCCGGCAGCGGUCCGUCAACCUGCGCGUGCGGUUCGGGGGGGAGAGGGCGCGGUUCGCGCUGCCGGCGGCGGCCGCGGCGGCCGUGGCGCGCGGAGCGGCGCCGUCGGUGCUGGGGGGAUGGAGCAUGGGGUCGGUAGAUUACGUGGCGGAGAACGCGACGACGGUGGUGAAAUUCGUCGUCGCCAUGGCGGAUAACAGCACCGUGAUUGACGGCGUCUCAGUCGUUGCUCUUCCGAAAAUAGCGAGUAAGAGGCUACGAAUGGGCGGCGGUUCGUGGGGGCGAGGGCGGACGAGGGGGGGCGAGGGGGGAUGGGGUGAUGGGGGGAGUUGCGGGGUGGGUAGAGACCCCCGCCACCCGCGCAUCAUGCGCUUCACCCUUCCGCCACCCGCCCCCGUUGCCCCUCCGCCCCUGCUCCUCUCCGCCUUCGCCUCCGCCAACUCCGCCAACAUCACCCUCACCCCCAUCGUCCCCGCGCCUGGCGCAGCGCUCGACGCGCCCAAAGCUCCCCCCAACGCCGCGCUUCCUCCUCCGCCCGCGCGUUCCCCGCAUCUCGUCACCACGGGCGCAGCGUUCUUCCCCGCGCCCCAGCAGCUUAUCCUUAAAGACCCCUCCGCGGGCCUCUGCGCCUCGCGCUCGUUCCUCACUUCCUUCACCUUCUCCGCCACGCGCGCGCCCUUUCGCGCGUCCGCGGACGAAGGCGGGGGCGCAGGGGGAGCGGGGGGCGCGGGCCCUGCGGAAGGGCUUGAGAAGGCAGCAGGAAAGGGUCCGCGCGCGGGGAAGGUCGCGGGCGGGGGAGGGGCGCUAGGGGGAGUGGGGGGGCGGGGAGGAGCAGGGAGAGUGGCAGGGCCAGGGGGGGGAGGGUUUCACACGCUUAUAGGGGGAUUCGCGUUUGUUAUAACGGGGCAGCCUACAGCAGGAGGGGGAGGGCCUGCGUUAGGGUUUGGGCACGCGUGCGCUCCUGCUGUGCCUGAUGGGGAGUUUCUAGCAGGGGAAGGGGGGGAUGCAGAGGCAGAGUCCCCGACCACCACCAGCAGCAGCAGCAGCACCGGCAACGCCAGCAGCAACGGCAGCAGCAGCAGUAGCAGCAGUGGGUGGGUGGACAGCAGUGGUACAGACCCGGCGCUGACAGCGUGUCAGCACGGGGUAGUCAUCACCUUUGCCAGCUGGCAGGACAAUCCCGAGGAGCAGGCAGCAGCAGCAGGCACAGCACUCAAAGCACCCCCAAGAGACGCACCAGUGCCCGCUGGCCUACGAAGCGGGGCAGCAGAGGGAGUGGGAACAACGGCAGGGCCGGCAGAGCUGGGUUCGCCACCGGUAUUUGACACAGCAGCAGCAUCCGUCCCCUGGCAACCAGACUCCUCCCCCACCUCGUCCUCCUCCUCUCUUUCCCCGCUCCUCAUUGCCGUCAUCGUCGUCUCCUCAGUGGCUGCCCUCGUUGCUGUGCUAGCCGCUUUCGCUCACUUCAGGCGCCACCCAUUAGGAGCAUCCCGAAUAUUGGCAUACGACGAGCUCAUCUCCACUCCCACCCCCUUCCCCUUUCUCCUCCCUGCCACCCGAGCAUCCCGAAUAUUGGCAUACGACGAACUCAUCUCCACUCCCACCACCUCCUCCUCCUCCUCCAUCUUCCCCUCCUUCCCCUCCUCCUCCUCCUCCUCCACCUCCUCCUCCGCCUCCUCCUCCCGCGCGCACCGCUCCUCCUCCCUGUUCUGCCGCCGAUUCCGAUUAGAAGACUUAAAGCGCGCCACACACCGCUUCGACCUGCGCCGCCGCUUACACAAGGACGGCCAUGGGGGCGCCUAUGGCUCGGUUUUCCGAGCCGACUCCCGCCUUAUCGCCGAACCUGACGCACGGAGGCUCGACGACGGGAGAUGGUCGGCAGGGGUUGGGGUGGGGGCGCGGGGGAGAGGAAUGGGGGAGAAGGGCGGAGGGGGAGGGGGAGGAGGGGGAGGAGCGGAGUGGGCUGUGAAGCGAUACGGGCGGUUUAGCUGGAGGGUGGGGGAUCGGGGGAGGAGUUUUGAGGAGGAGGUGGAGGCGUAUGCGCGGCAUGGGCAUGUGCACUUGGUGCCGGUGGUGGGGUACUGCUGUGAGGGCCAUGAGCACAUGGUGGCGUAUCAGAUGCUGCCCCAUGGGUCGCUACGAGACAACCUGCACGCUCCUUGCGAUUCACCCAUGUCUAUGGAGCAGCGGUUGCGCAUAGCAGUGGGUGUGGCGGAGGGACUAGCCUUCAUGCACCAGCAGCACCCGCCGCUCAUCCACCGCAACCUCAAGCCCUCCAACAUCAUGCUCACGCCCUCGCUGCAGCCGCAAAUUGGCGACUUUUGUUUCGUGCAUCACGACGGGGAAGGGCGCAUCAAUGCAGUGCCAGAAGCAGUGCAGCAGGAGGGGUACCGAGACCCUGCCAUUGCCGACCUACACCUGCCCACACAGGCCCUCACUGCUCAGCACACCGACGUGUACAGCUUUGGAGUGAUCCUUCUAGAGCUGAUGACAGGGCGACUGGCAGUGGUGCCAGACCCAGAGAACCCCUCCGAGCUAAUGGUCAUCACCGACUGGGCGGUGCACUACAUAGCAGAGGGGGAGGUGCAUCUCAUCAUAGACCCCCGGGUCUUCUCCCCUGAUCUCACCCCCACCUUCCAAACCCUUGGGGAAAUCGCCUCUGCCUGCGUCGCCGCCCCAGCUGCCGCCCGGCCGAGCAUGGAUGACGUGGCAAGGCAGCUUGCUGACGUGUACGCAGAGUAUUUUGAAGGAGAGGGGGAGGGAGAGGGGAGUAUGGAGGAGGGGGGGAUGAUUGACGUAUCGCACCAACCAGAGGUGUAA